AUGAAGCCUGCUAAGCUGGAAUUUCUUCUAGGGCUCUUCAUUUUCUGCUUACAAACUACCCCGUUAUUGGGUGGUGUUGCUAAACUUUUGCAAUGGAUCUGCGGAGAACUAAAAGAUCCCUGUAUUAUGGACAUGGAUAUUGGAAGCUGCUUUGAUAUACACUUCAGAUUUUUCUACAACAAAACCUCCAAAUUUUGCGAAGGUUUUUUCUUCAGUGGCUGUAAUGGCAACCUUAACAACUUCAAUCUUAAAAUAGAAUGUGAAGUGGCCUGUAUUCCAGAAUACAAAUCAAAAUCCUGGCACAUGUGGACAUCUUGGAGGUAAGGCAAACUAAGAUGGACCAACCAGGAGGAAACAUGAAGAAAGAGGUCUAGGCAGUCAGGGUGGUGUUGCUGCCAAUAA